CUCUGGGGACAUCGUGCCACGCCAUGUCUUGGUACCUCGCGCGGCGGGACGCGUGCCGUGAGGACACUGAGUACGCCGCGGCCCGCGCGCUCCUGCAGCUCAGCUGGCAGGAGCGGCAGGCGGGCGACGGUCCGCAGAUGACGCUGGACGAGCUCGACCGACUGAAGCUGCGACUGCCGGACACGGUCGAGCAGCCGCUGCGGGCGCGCCUGCAGACCGCGCUGGCUGAGCGCCGCCUGCUGGAGGUCGCACGCGGGCCCGGCGGACCUUCCCAGCUGCUGGCUCUGCUCGAGCAGCGCUGCGUGAGCGGCGCCGAGCGGGUUGCCCUCGUACGCGGCAUGAAGGCGAUCUUCGAGGAUGCGAGUGGGCCGGGACCCUCGGCCGGAGCGUCCGCCCGUGCCGGCCGCGGUUCUGGACGUGCUCCGCCCGCUGUCCAAUGGCGUACGCCCUGCAACUGGCUUGCGAGCUGGGGCAGCCUGUGGGCCUCCUCGAGGACGCGCGGCCCGGCUCGGACGCCGUCGUCCGGCUCCUCACUCACUACUUCGACGGCCGGGGAGCAGCGGGCCGACGCGGUGGCGGAGUUGAGCGACGCUGUGAGGAGGGUGGGACUCGACAGUGUGGCCGACCGCCUCGGCGCCCUUCGUCGACCCCGGAGGAGUUCCGGACGCGGUAGUGACCACGCUGGGUGUCGCCCGGCUUCAGUCUUUUGCUGUAGAAGACUGUCUGAAGGCCGUCUUCUAUGGUCGCCGUUGGCAUUGCUUCCGGUGGUGGUGCUGAUCGUGACCCCCGUCGUGACCGCGAUGCGUUUGAUCGAGGGAUGACUUCCGUCUCUGCACCAAGUAGUUUUGGGUUUAUUAGGUAGAAGCGCUUGUUUUGAACGUAUGGGAAUUGGUGGUAAGACCUAGCUCAGGAACAAUACGCGCCUCAUGGUUCAGGUUCCGGUCUCCUCGUCCAUUGGACCAUUGUUCGUAUAUGUCGUACAUUUGUUGAAACGUUUAGUUGUAUAGCUGUAUAGGUGCCCCAACUGUAUAGUCGUCCGAGCUCAAACUAGUCUGUGCCAAGGUCGCCGGUUCUGUUCUUCACUCCCCCAGAGAAUGAUUCGGUAGGGACCGCCGUCGGUCAAACGAACCGCCGCCAUGACACUGCUGGGAUGGUGCAGUAUCUCAUGUAACUCAUCCGGCUAAGUGUACGGAGCUGCGGGGUGUAUUAGGAUUUACUAAAAUUGAGUCUGCAACUUGGUCUGUACCGAAAGCAGCAGGACUGAAUGCACUGACACUGUGCAUCGAACUGGCAUACAUGCUGUGAUGUAAAUUAAGUGAAAUAGAUAUCCACAUCCAUAUCUAGGUCAGAUUUUGCCGCAGGACGCAAAAACCAGUACAGAGGCGGCUCCAUAGCAAUGUCAUGCAACUAAUUUUCCUCGGAUGAGGUCAGGUUUUACAGUUUUGAUAUUCUCUAUUUAACUGUAGUUCACACUGGUGUGUUGAUUUAAAAAAUGUCAUCAAUAUGCAAUAAAAAUAAGACAUGGAACUGAUGGA